AUGGCAGGAACAGAGGUCAAGGUCAACCUGUCGCCCGACUGUAAAGAGUUUCUUUACAUGGGCACACCGCCCCAAGGCCUUCACGCCAGGUCCUUCCAAACCAUCUGCCAGUACUAUAAAGGACAACCACGCUAUUUCACUCUGUACGACACGUCCAGCCGUGUUCCCGUUUAUUCUGCGUACACCUUCAAGCGCAGCGAUGGGUCCAAAAAGGUGGAUGUGCCUUGGAUGUACGAGCCACAGCUGUCUGUGGUGUCGGGUUCGAGAGAUAUGCAGCUCUUUCCUGAGGAGGACAUUCACCGAAGUUUCCAGGACACACAGGCUGUUCUGGAUGACUACUCAGACACAGUCAACUAUGAGCGGGGCCAGCUGAAUCCAGACGAGCACCAGGCCGACCACGACGACAAGGCCGCCACCUACACCCUGACCAACGUGGUGCCGCAGGUCCACGACUUCAGCGUCGGGCCCUGGAGAGACCAUUCGCACACCAUCCGCAGACGCCUCAACAACUACUGCUACGGUCACGCCUACGUGGUGACUGGAGUGACCGUCUCAGGCCUCAGGAUCCUCCGGCGAAACAUCCGCCGCGUGGCGGUCCCCGCCCAUCUGUGGUCGGCCUACUGCUGCGUCCAUUUUGACCACAACGCACCCUACGAGGAGCGGGCAAAGUUCCCGGCGUUUGCAUCCUAUGCACGCAACCAGAAGGAGAAUAAUGAGGUGCAGGAGAUGACCGUCCAGGAAAUCGAGGACUUUCUUAAACGAGUGACCUAUGUCAGCAAGUCCUUCCAGAUCUUCUACGACAACUGUGCACCAUCCAAAGAUACCUUGCAAUUCCCAUUAAGGAUGAUAACAAAGUGA